AUGGAGGAAAACUUGAAAACUGCUGCUGAGAAUGGAGACAUAAACAUGAUUUACAUUUCACUUUCAGAGGAUCCAUAUCUCCUGGAUAACAUCGAUCAUGUUCCAUUUAUUCAUACUCCUUUGCAUAUAGCAGUUUCUUCUUCCUAUCACGUUCAGUUCGCAAAGGAGAUAAUGAGAUUGAAACCAUCAUUUGCUCAGAAUCUAAAUCAAGAAGGGUUCCGCCCCAUCCAUUCAGCAUUGCACAAUGGUCAAACCAUAGUCGUUCUUGGAUUUCUAAACACUGAAAGUGAACUUGUUCUGGUUCAAGGCAGGGAGGGGAGUGAGCAUCCAAGAACUCAAGAGGUUGCGGCACUGAUUGAACUCAAGAGACAAGUUAGGGAAACUCUACUUCAUGCUCGUGCUUUAGAUGCUCCUGGAGGAGUUUGGCAGGACGACAAUAACAAUAUCUCCACCAACAACACUCUCAACAUAACUCUUCUCAUCACAACUAGUAAUCUUAAUAAUACCACAGGGAUCUCGGAACCACACCAAGCAGGGAUGGUGAGAUCUCCAACAUUUCUUACAGAAUUAGGAUCCUUGAUGCAGUUGAUACUUUCUAAAAAUGGCCACCAAGAAGUUAUUCCCAUUUUCAGGGAGUGGGCUGUGAUUGAAAGUAGUGGAAACAAGGAUUUGAAGAAUGGCACAAAAAUCCAAUAUUUCCCCUGCAUCAGAGGAAGGAACAACAGUGGAAAGUGA